AACCCACUUCACCUCUGCCACAGCCAGUCCGGCCUUUGCAAAAGCAUACUGCUCUGUACUUCUUUGGUAGAUGGAUUGUUAAAAAGCACAAGCCCAGUUAGCAUUUAUUUUUCUAUUUUGCCUUUUAAUUUUCUACUUUCCUACUCUUAUUAAACAUUCCCAUCUACUCCUUGCUUUUUUCAACCAUUCAUUCAAUCCCCUCUCUCUUUCUCUCCGUGUGUGUCUCAGUUUUAUUGCUGAGAAACCCUGUGGAAAUGAAUAGAUAAUUGCAUUUUCUGAAUAUCAGGCGCUUUUAUAUUUUCAUUUACUAUAUCCGGAAGAUCCCAAAAAUUUUGUUGUACUGUUUUAGUUUCUCAGUUUAAACCCACAGGGAGCAUUAGGGUUUCUUAGCGGAAUUCUGAUGAUCAGCUUUUGGCUCUUUGGUUUUGGAGGAUUAAAGAUAGAGUUGUGAUGGGAGUAAAGGUUGCCCCCCUGCAAUUUAUUGUCUUAGUUGCUUCUUUUGCAGUCCCGCUUGUGGCUUCUGACACUGCCUCUAAUGGAUGGACUGCACCUUCUACCAAUUCUUCCAAGUAUAAGGGUAAUGAAGCAGAAUGCCCUUCGGGAUGGGUUCUUGCUCCAAAUAAAACUAAGUGCUUUGGGUACAAUGAAAGUUUGGAAUCAUGGGAUGAAUCCGAUAUCCAUUGUAAACGAUAUCAUGGACACUUAGCUGCCCUAACAUCAUUUGAAGAACUAAACUUUGCACAACAUCUGUGUGGCCAAAGUGUCAAUGGUUGCUGGGUUGGAGGAAGAGUUAGCAAUUCGACUAUCAGUUCUGGUUGGAAGUGGUCUGAUAAUACAUCGGUCUGGAAUGAAUCAGUUCUUAGAUCAUCUGCCCAAUCCAUUUGCCCCAAAUCGUCAUGCUUUGUCAACAAUUCAGUUGAUUUAUGUACAUUGGUGAAGAAUGGAUCUGAACCUCUUGUGAGCAAGAGAUGCAAUGCAUCUCAUGCUUUUCUGUGCAUGGUUGAUAUUGAGGACAAAUGUUACUACAUGCACUGCCAUAAGGAAUAUCUCAUUAUCCUAGCAGUUGUUAGUGGAUUGGUUCUCUUUACAACAUUUGCUGUUGUUGUUUGGCUGCUUGCUUAUAAGCGGAGUAAACGGCGUAGAAGAUCAAGAAAACUAUCUAAUCCUGCCACUUCUGCAUUAGUUCCCCCCUCAUGGAAAAUAUUCACCAGUGAUGAAUUGAGGUCAAUCACAAAAAAUUUCAGUGAAGGAAAUCGACUUCAUGGGGAUGCUAAAACAGGUAGCACAUACAGUGGCCUCCUGCCUGAUGGAUCAAAGGUAGCGGUUAAGAGGUUAAAAAGAUCUAGUUUUCAGAGGAAAAAGGAGUUCUACUCUGAAAUUGGUAGGGUUGCUAAGCUUCAUCACCCUAAUUUAGUUGCUGUGAAAGGAUGCUGCUAUGAUCAUGGUGACCGUUACAUCGUAUAUGAGUUUAUCACAAACGGACCAUUGGAUAGAUGGCUAUACCACAUUCCAAGGGGUGGUAGGAGCUUGGAUUGGACCAUGAGGAUCAAAAUUGCUACAACUCUUGCCCAGGGAAUUGCAUUCCUGCAUGACAAGGUGAAGCCACAUGUUGUGCACAGGGAUAUACGCGCAAGCAAUGUACUACUUGAUGAAGAGUUUGGAGCGCAUCUGAUGGGGGUUGGUCUUUCAAAGAUUGUUCCUUGGGAGGUAAUGCAUGAGAGGACUGUGAUGGCUGGUGGAACCUAUGGAUAUCUUGCCCCUGAGUUCGUAUAUAGGAAUGAGCUCACAACAAAGAGUGAUGUAUAUAGCUUUGGAGUGUUGCUGCUUGAAAUAGUAAGUGGGCGUAGGCCUGCUCAGCAAGUUGAUUCAGUGGGUUGGCAGAGCAUAUUUGAAUGGGCAACACCCUUAGUGCAGGCACAUCACUAUCCUGAGCUCCUGGAUCCUCUAAUAUCUUCAUCAACAUCUGAUAUUCCAGAAGCUGGUGAUAUUCAGAAGGUGGUGGACCUUGUGUAUGCUUGCACGCAAAAUGUACCUUCUAUGCGGCCUAGAAUGUCUCAUGUUGUUCAUCAAUUGCAGCAGUUGGCUCAGCCAGCUCUCGCGAAGUAACUAAAGUUUUAUCUCCAGCUCUGGGGCUUUUUGACUCUAAAAUGUAACGUUAAAUUGCCAGAGCUUUUAUUUCAGAACAAUAGUUUAGAGCUACCAUCGUUCUAGUAAAAGCUAAUUCCAAUAGAAUACAUGUAUUUUGUGGGGUUGAAAAUGGUGUGAAAGAAUGCAGGCCUGGCCGUAGUAAAAUCAGGUGGCUUUUCGAUGGUCCUUGGAGUGAGUAAUAGUGUACAAUCCGCAUUCUCAUGGUGUCAAUAGCCAGCCAGCCAUCUAUGAGGUCUGCCUCACCAUGGUGCAUUGAAUUUGCUCAUCACUUCUGCUAUCCUUCAUAACAGCUGCUAGUCUUGAAUCUGAUAGAUGGGCAAGCCAAGGCUCAAGUGGUGCCAUGUAUUUAACUUAAAUGUCAUUUAAGCCCAUUAUUUUGGUUAGGUUAAUGUAGUCAAGCCAUGUUCACAAAACAUAUCAUUAAAUCACUUGGGCAAUGGGGUUGGGGUGUAAAAUUCCAUCUUUGGAUUCCCAGUUGCCAUAAUGGUAUGUUUUAGAAUGUUAUAAGUAGGAAGAUCCAUAAAAGAAAAUGAUUUUAUGUGCUUUA